GUUCAGGCUCGUUGUUUUAUUCAUUAUAGCUAAGUAUGGAACUACGUGGGUAGCUAGCUAUCUAACUUGUCAGUAAGAUAAGUAUUAGCCAGUUAAAUACAUUACUAACCCAUUUUCCAUCACCAUAGCAAGAAUGUUGCACGUCUCGUUCAUUACUAAUGUUUUUUUGCAUUCUGCAGCUUUUUUUUCUUCCUAUUCACAACACAAAUGGUGACGCAGUUAUCUUGAUAUGCUCCAAAGAACUCCACCAGAAAAUAUCUGAAAGGCAACUAUUCACAGAUUUGCUGGUAUCGAACGUGUCUGCUCGUUAAGUCAUUGUUGAAGAAGCUGUCCGGACUGGCUGACAUUCAGAACGUAUCUCAAACGCUGGACAAACUUAAUUUAGUAGAUUUGAAUGGACUCGGUGGACAGAAAUACAUAGAUCCAGCCCAACUAUAUAAAGUCUGUGGUGAUUCCGACAUGCCCGUGAAGAAGAAGAGAAAGUCCUCAGGUUCAGAGGACCCUGGCCUUAGGAGGUGUAAAAUUAGCAGUUUUUGCAGGACACAAACCCCUGGUAGGCUGAUGAAUCCUGAAGAUCACUUUUCCAGCAAAAAGUGCCUCUCUUGGUUUUAUGAAUAUGCAGGCCCAGAUGAAGUGGUGGGACCAGAGGGCAUGGAGAAGUUCUGUGAAGACAUUGGGGUGGAGCCAGAGAACAUUAUUAUGUUAGUCUUAGCCUGGAAAUUAGAGGCACCAAAUAUGGGAUUUUUCACAAAGGAGGAGUGGAUAAAGGGAAUGACCUCACUGCAAUGUGACUGCACAGAACGUUUACAAGGAAAGCUUGACUACCUGCGCUCCCAGCUCAAUGACUCGGCAGUGUUUAAGAACAUCUACAGAUAUGCCUUCGACUUUGCCCGGGAUAAAGACCAGCGUAGCCUUGACAUGGAUACUGCCAAGUCCAUGCUAGCUCUGCUCCUUGGAAGGACAUGGCCUCUUUUCCCAGUUUUCCAUCAGUUUUUGGAGCAAUCCAAGUACAAAGUGAUGAACAAGGACCAGUGGUACAAUGUCUUAGAGUUCAGCCGGACUGUCCAUGCGGACCUCAGCAAUUACGACGAGGACGGCGCCUGGCCCGUGCUGCUGGACGAGUUUGUGGAGUGGCAGAAAGCCCGCCUGUCGUUAUAGCGGAGAAGAGGCACACCUGAGCAAGUUUUUGCUCUGUACAAAAUGGCUCACCUGCAAGAACUGUUCCAGCAGCACUUCAGCCGGGAUGGAUUCAUCGCCCAAAAGAGACUUUUACAGUGUUAAUUUAAACAAAAGGGGAACUGUUGUCUGUUUUGAAUCUGUCACCACAGUUACAUAUCCAGUGUUGUAAGAUCUGCUG